AUGACCAGCUGCAUCGAUGUUGCGACUGAGCAACUCUGCUACAUCCCCUGCAACUUUUGCAAUAUUGUUCUCGCGGUGAGUGUUCCAUGCAGCAGCCUAUUCGACAUUGUGACAGUUCGAUGCGGGCACUGCACCAAUUUAUGGUCCGUGAACAUGGCCGCUGCCUUUCAGUCACUGUCCUGGCCAGAUGUCCAGGCACAAAACUACAACUAUAACGCGCAGAAUUACCGGAUGGAGUCAGGUUCCUCAUCCAAAUGCAACAAGAAGAUUGCAACCAGAGACCCCACUGCAGAUCAUGUCACUGAGGAAAGGGGUGUGAACCGACCUCCCGAGAAGAGGCAACGUGUACCUUCUGCAUAUAACCAGUUCAUAAAGGAGGAAAUUCAGAGGAUCAAGGCCAAUAAUCCAGAUAUUAGCCAUAGAGAGGCUUUCAGCACUGCUGCCAAAAACUGGGCGCACUUCCCUCACAUUCAUUUUGGGCUGAUGUUGGAGACUAACAAUCAGCCUAAGCUGGACAAUGACUCUGAGAAACAUCUUAUGUCAAGGGCUGCACUGCUGAAUAAAUGA